CAUCUCCUUAUCUCUCUUGCUGGAAGACUCCCAGUUUCAAUUCAGGGGAAGAGACUUCAGUUCCUUCUGAGCAGCAGCUGUUCCCUACUUUUGGCAGUGCCCUGGACCUGCCUCCACUUCCUUCCCUUUCCUGAGUCCCAGGGAGACCCAUUCACCAGCACCUCUUGUAUAAAAUUGGAUCUAGAAAGAAUCUGCAAAGGAAAGGGCCCGAGAAUCCAGGGGAGCUUCGUCAGAUGCUACAGGGUGAUGUGAGCAGAGCACAGGAAUGCCUUAUGUGGAUCGGCAGAAUCGAAUUUGUGGGUUCUUGGACAUCGAGGACAAUGAGACCAGUGGCAAAUUCCUACGGAGAUACUUUAUCCUGGACACCCAGGCUGACUGCCUCCUUUGGUACAUGGACAACCCUCAGAACCUGGCAAUUGGAGCAGGAGCUGUUGGAUCUUUGCCAUUGACCUACAUCUCCAAGGUGAAUAUAGCCACUCCAAAACAGAAACCAAAAACUCCGUUUUGCUUUGUCAUCAACGCCCUUUCUCAGCGUUAUUUCCUGCAAGCCAAUGACCAGAAAGACCUGAAGGAUUGGGUAGAGGCACUGAACCAGGCCAGCAAAAUCACAGUGCCCAAAGUGGGGAACCUGCCCCUGGCUACUGAGGUUGCCAAGAGUCCAGCAAUUCCUCAGCCCUCAGAAAAAAAGCUACAGGUGGCAUAUAAGACAGAAAUCAUUGGUGGAGUUGUGGUCCACACACCCAUCAACCAGAAUGGCGGAGAUGGGACAGAUACAGGUGUACAAGGUCACCAUGCUAUCCUCCGGAGGUCUCAGAGCUACAUUCCUACUUCGGGAUGCCGAGCCCCGCCUGGGCCACCUGUCCUCAAGAGUGGCUACUGUGUGAAACAGGGGAAUGUGAGAAAGAACUGGAAACGUCGUUUCUUUGCUCUUGAUGAUUUCUCCCUGUCCUACUACAAGUGUGAACAGGACAGAGAUCCUCUGCGAACCAUCCUUCUGAAAGAUGUACUCAAGACUCAUGAGUGUCUGGUCAAAUCUGGAGAUCUCUUAAUGAGAGACAACUUGUUUGAAAUAAUAACAAGCUCCCGGACCUUCUAUAUCCAGGCCGACAGCCCAGAAGACAUGCACAGCUGGAUCAAGGAGAUUGGUGCAGCUGUCCAGGCUCUCAAGUGCCAUCCUAAAGAAAUGUCCUUCUCUAGAUCAAUUUCUUUGUCCCGGCCUGGAAGCUCCAAUUUCUCAGGUGUGCCCAAUUCCACCCAAUGCAGAGGACGGCCAUCUGGGGAAGAGAAGAAAGCUCCCUGCAAAGCGCCCUUCAUUGCUUCAUCCUGGCAGCCCUGGACACCUGUCCCACAAGCAGAGGAAAAACUGCUUCUUGACGAAGAGACUCCUGGAGGCUCCCCAUUCAUGUCCAGACUCGGGGAACGUGAUGCUUCUGUGCUGUCAAGUUCUCGAGUACGGCAUCGAUCAGAGCCCCAACACCCCAAAGAGAAACCAUUUAUGUACAACCUGGAUGAUGAGCACAUAAGGACCUCCGAUGUGUAAUCAGGCACAGCAGGGCUAGCGAGAUGGGAAAGGGGCUCCUGUGACCUGAACCUUAUCAUGAGGGGCAGCGGUGCUUCAGAAAUACUUCUGUGGGGUUCCCCAGGCAAAGGGUUCUACAGGCCAAUAUAUAUUUAACCUGCUGGAGCAGGGACAAGGGACCAGUGGUACCAUGGCUGUGUUCAUUAAGAAUAGUAGAGCUCAGCUCCAGGUUCUGAAGUAUUCAUCAGACUGUUCUGUGACCUCUUUGUUGAGAUGUCCUUUCAGCAGUUACCAGUUUCCUGUUCUAAGUAGAUGGGCUGACUUUUCCUCUAACAAAGCUCUUUAUCUGUGUGCUUUUUUCCCCUGACACAAGAAAUUUUAUUCACCCAAUGUUGCUAUUAUACUUCUUGGCCAAGAUCUGACAAUACAGGGUAGAAAUGAUGAUACAGACCAAUCAAGGUGAAAACAGCUGGUGGAGCCUGAGGAAGGAUCAAGAUUUCUUCCCAGAGAUCUUGGGGGACUAUGAUACUUUUGCUUGUUCUUGGAUUUUUCAUAAUACUCCUAUUGUAUCCCAUCCUCCUGUUAAGAAUAAUCUGUUUGAGAGGUAGUGUUAAUUUUGGUCAAAAUUCAGUGUUUUUCUCCAGGUUAUAGGCAUGGACAUUUUUCCCUGGAAGGAUGACAAAAGAAGGGGAGAGUAUGGGACCCAGUUCCACCACAGAGUAUAUAAUAGGUAUAUGAAAAUGCUAAGUUGUCUUUUGCAUACUUUUUGAAAUAUGAAACAGCCAAAUACUGUGAAGUCAUGAGACAGGAGAGCCUACCCAUCCUGUUGGCAUGCAAAGCCCCGCUCUUUGUUGUCAAAUGGGUAUUGCUUCCAGUGUGAUGAUAUUGAGAUUGUGGAGGAUUAAUGAAUAUGAUGAUUCCAUAGUCUCAUGUGUGACUGGUCAAAGCUUUACAUUCCCAGAAUUUGGACUCAUAUUAACUUUGAAAGUAAGUGCUGGGCCUGCUAUGGAAAAGGAAAAACGAGGUUCAACCAAGUGAGCUGUUUUCUACCCCUGUUUUCCAGCCAGACUAUAUUGUCUUGUCAAAGGUGAAGAACUAUUCCUUUAGCAAAAAAGAGCCAACCUCACUUCUUGAUAAUUUUUCAUGAUUUCUUAGACAAUUGGAGAUUGGUUUGUAGAUAAGACCAGACCCCUAAAUUACCCCAGAAUUAUCCCAGUUGAUCAAUUAAAAAAAAAUCCCUCACUUAUAUCCUUUGAAUAAUGAGUUGCAUAAUUUAGGGUACAUUGAAGACUCUCUCCAUUUCCUCCCUUAACAUUUCCCCAAGUAAAUCCUUGGGAUAGGUAGAGAAUGUUCAGUAUCUAUUAUUAAAGAAACAAAAUUUAAUCAACAACUUUCAGAAUCUUUUUUUUAAAGAUCCAUGAGAUUAUUAAAAACCCAUCUUUUGAUAUUUAAAUUAUGGAAAACCUGUAUAGGCAUUUUAUGGUAAAAUAAUUUGGGGAGGGAUAUGAUAUUUGUACUUUUAAGAAAACAGAAACGUGUUUUGUGAAGUGUGUAUAAAUGUAAACUACUGUUAUUGGGAAAAUAGAAAUCAGUUUGAGACCACUGGAUUCAAAAGACCAACGGUCAGAUCCUGGCUCUGACACUUAAAUUUAAGGCCUCUCAGGCCUUAGUUUCCUCAAUAAAAUGAAGGAGUUAACCUUUAUCAGUGGUUCUCAAUGCAUGGUCCUGGGACUCCUGAAGUCCUCAAGACCCUUUCAGAAAAUCCUUCAGUUCAAAACUGUUUUCUUAAUAAUAUUAAAACAUUUUAAUUUUGAAUUCAGCAAAUAUCAAUAGAUAUAACCAGCUGCUGGAACCAGCUCAAACUAGCUCUCAAUAGCUUACUGUUGAAUUUCCAGUGUGACUACUUACACCUUGGAAAUCCAUAAAUGCUACAAAUCAGGGAUUGGUUUAUUUUGUUGAUUAUCUAGAGUUAAGAAAGUGAUGGAGAAAAUGUUAAUAAUGCAAAUUAAACUUAAAAAUGUGCGGUGUGUACAUUUCUUUUUUUUCUGGAGAAUUGGUUAUUUACUGGCAUACCACUAAAUAUACCUACAUAAACAAAAGAUCUUGGCAUGGAGGAUGGGAGGGGGAGCUCAUUUUUUGUGGUGUGUGUCAAAGAGUUCUGAGAUCAGAAGUUUGAACUACUGGGUUAGAUGAUCCCCUUCUAGCUUAAGAUCCCUGUGAUUCCACUAACUGGAGCAUCCUCAGGUAUCCAUUAGAAAAGCAUAAGAAAUUUAAUUUUUCUAUCCAAAUGAUAAAGUAUGACUUUUCAUGUUAGAAUAUAUCUAUAGUCACAAAGAAAAUCUCCUAACAUAUAACACAGAUGUGUAUGCCUACAUAUGAACUAUACAAGUGUGUAUAUACAUAUAGACACAUGCAUAUUUAUA